ACGGAGGGAGGGAGAGAGAGAGAGGGAGGGAGGGAGAGAGAGAGGCAAAGCUGUCAAACGCAACUCAAGUGCAAAGAGAGCACACAAGGAUACCGCUGGUCGCUAACAGCUAAGUCUUUACAGAACAUUCAAACACUACAGAUUCACACACAGCUUCAACCGGAACUGGACUUUCAUUUUGCUGGUCAUCUGUGCGCUUUAGCUUGCGGAGGUGACACGCUGGGUGUCAUGGACCCGCUGCUGCCCUCAGACACGGAGCAGCUCAUGGACCGAGAGGCAGACAAAGAUGAGAGGAGGAAGAUUCAGUUCUCGGUGCCCUCGGCCGUGCCAACCCAGCUGGACCCGCGACAGGUGGAGAUGAUCCGACGUCGAAGGCCGACACCAGCCACUCUCUUCAGACUAACAGACCCUCCAUCACCAGAUGAAGACAAAGGCCCUCACCAGUGGGUGCUGGGGGAGAAUGGAGCCUUGAAAGCCAAACUGGUUCACUCGUCAACCUACCAGCCGCCCUCACUUAAAGCCGUCCAGAGGAUGGCCCUGGCCCACCUGUCCUCACUAGACAUGUCCUCUGUGGAUAAAGAUGAGCCGUCUUCUGAGGAGGAGGAGGAUGAACAUGCAAAGGAGAGUCAGCAGACAGAUGUGACGGUAGAAAGCAGACCAGGAUGCGGUGAUCUCAGCCCUCACAACGGAGACGACGAAGAAGAGGCCAAAGAAAGAGAGGAAGGAAAGGGAGAAUGACUUGAGAAAAACACUCAGAUGGAGACAGAGUUUUAGUUAGGAUCAGCCUUGCAUAACACAUGUAUUUGCAAUACGUGUGUGUGCUUCGGUGUACAUAUGAAUGUGUGUUUUUUGGGUGUGUGUGCGCAUGCAUGCUGCAAAAGAGUUCAAUGUGCGUAACAGAGAGUGGCGAAAACACAUGGACAGUCAGGAGGGUCAAAAUCAUGAUGUGAAUGUAAGAGGAAAAGUUUAACCUGAGAUCUGAAAUUGAAAUCACGUCUUGAUGAGUUGAGGAAAAACAAGGUUAUAAACACAACAGCCAAGGACACUUACAUAUAUAUAUAUAUAUAAUACGAGAUCUGCUACUGUGGCAUUUCUCAAGCAAAUACAUGUUUGUUUUGAGUUUCAACAAGUUAUAACAUCAUUCAUGAUUUGCUUCCUUUGGUUAAUAGUUCUGCGAAUAAUCAGAUUUUAAAUCACCUUAUUUCACAUGACAUGUGUAGUGAUACAGGUGCUUAAAGACACACUCAAGAAACUAUAAGAAUUAGAACAGAGAGCUCCAGAUGAGACUUUGUGUUCUUAUCAGAUAUAGCAGAGACACAUUAUCUGCUAACAUAUGCACCAUCCUAUGCAUGUUUACCAACAUGUAAGGUUGAUUUGAUCACUUUAUCUAUAACGAUCAAAAUAUUAUUUUGUAAUAUGUCUCAUUCAGUUUGGUCAGUUUGAUGGUUAUUAUAGUAUACGGCACACAUACGAUCCAUUCUAUUACAUAACCUGCAACAGUAUGAUACAUAUACAGUAUGAAAUAUUGUAAUAUAUCCCAUAAAAACUAUAAAACAA